AUGAAUGAAACUUUUGAAUAAUGCCUAUCAAUGCAAUCAGGUAAAAACAAGCGUUAACGAAGUCCAUUAUAAGUCAAAUUUGUAACUUAACGUAGUUUCUAAGCUACUAAAUAAGCUAGUUCUCAAAAUUAAUAACAACAAUUACUUUUAGAUUAUUCAAGAUAAGGAUUAAAUAUAUUUAAUGUAACUAAAAAGUUUACUAUAAAAGGAUGCAAUGAUAUGGAAUGGUCUUUUAUAUUUAAUGUUAAAUGAAAAUAAAUUAAAAGAGUUUGACAUGAAUUUAUUAAAAAAAACCCCAUUAUUACAAAAUCUCUCAUUAGAAGAUAAUUAGUUACAUAAUUUUGGACCAAUUUAAUGUACUGAUGUUCCUAGAUUAUCAAUUCUUAAUAUAGCAAAGAAUUUGUUGAAAUAAAUAGAUCCUUCUAUAUGUAAAUUACAUCUAAAGAAACUUUAUAUAUAAUAAAAUUACUUUACUAAUAUAACUAAAUAAAUUUUAGAGUUAAAUAGUACUUUAGAGGUUUUAGGAUUAGGUUGGGGAAUAUUUUGUUAAUCUUAAUUAGAUUUUAUAUUAGAUGAUUAGAAAUUGAAAGUAUUUUUCACAUUGGUAGAAGCGAUAUCUGAUGAAUUAACUUUUGAAUCAUAUAUAAUGAAUUAUAAAUCAAUCAGUAAUGUAAUUAGUGUUACUUAAGGAGAUAUUCUAAAUGAUAGUAUAAGUACAAAAAACCUUACCUCUCAAUAGAUUCUCAAAAUGAACAACUCCUAACCCAAAUCAAGGAGUAGCUGAAUUACCAUUUACAUGAGACAUAAUUGAAUUACAUUAAUGAUUAUAAAUAAGUAUCUUUAUGGACAAUAAAUUUAGAAUCUUAUGCAUUUGGCUAUUGUAUAUGAUGAAAUUGGAAUUUUAGAAUAUUUAUUAAAUCAUCAUUUGGAAUUAGCAAAUCAAAUUGAUCUUAAAGGACAUACUCCAUUAAGUUUAGCUAUAGAAAAAAAGUAUUAUCGAUUAGUUAAAUUGAUACUUUAAUACAAAAUUAAUUUAAAUUUAGGAGGAGGAUUGUAAUCCUCUAAUUUACAUAUUGCAGCAUAACAUUGUUAAGUAGAAUUACUAUAAGAUUUGAUUAAUUCUGGUGCCAAUCCUGCACAGUAUGAUAUUUUUAAAGAAACACCAUUACAUAUUGCAAGUGCUUUUAGUGAUCACAAAAGAGUCAAAUAGUUUUAUUAAGUUUUAUUAUAAUAACCAUUUGAUGUAAAUCAUUAAAAUUUAAAAGGAUAAACUUGUUUAGAAAUUCUCGUUGAAAAAAAUAAUUUUGUUACUUUACAAUACUGUAGUGAAUGGAAUACUUCACAAAUAAGAUAACUUAACGAUUAAAAUCUUUUUAAUUUUUGUAGUAUCAACCCUUAUACUAAAUUAUCUUUAUUAGAUAAAUCAAUUUUAACCAAAAAUUUAAUGAUUUAAUAGUUUCUUAUUAAUUUUUAACUUGUUCCUAUUACUUAUUCAACUUUGAUGCUUUGUUUUUUACCUUAAAUUCGUAAUAUUUUCUUAUAUAAAUUAUUAAAGAAAUAGUAAUUGAUUUCAAUUAGAAAUUCGAUAAUAAAAUCUUAGCAAAUUUAUUUUGAUGAAGAUAUUAAUAGAAUUUCUAAUAUUUCUUAAUCAGAAGAAGAAGUUGAGAGAUUAAAUUUAAGUAAUUCAAAUAAUUCAUUUGAUAAUGAUUAGUUGAGUAAUAUUAGUGAUAAUGCACCUGGUUAAUUAUCAGAAAAUUUAAAGUAAUUAAAUAAUUGGACUCCAAAAUUUCAAAAUUUAAGAAAUGGUAAUUCUAAUUUAAAAAAAUCAUUUUAUGAAAUUAUUUCAAAUUUAUCAGAAUGUAAACCAGAUGAUGAAAUAUCUUAAGUUCAUUUGAAUAAGGAUAUUAUCAAUAAUGAUACUAAAAUAGUUACCAAAAAGAAUAUGGAUGAAAUUUAUACUUCAAGAUUAGAACAUAAAUUAUCCAAAAGGAAUAAAUAAAAUUUGAAAUAACAUAAUUAUUCUCCAAACAAUAUUCGAAUGAUAGAAAAUAAAAAUUCAAUAUUUAAGUAUGAUAAUAACUAUCACUAAAAAAGAUAAUUAACAAUAUAAUAAAAAUAGAUGCAACAAAUUAUUAUUAGUCUCUCAAAUCAUUUGAGAGAAUCUAAUUAAUAAAAUUAAAAAGUUAUAGGUUAAUAUUGUAGAACUUAAUUUUUAAUAUUAGACUAGUUUUUGAGUUCUAAAAUUGGAAAAUAAUUAAUAACAAUUGAUAUAACUCUCUAAAAGGAAAUAAGAACAUUAAGAACUUUAAUAGAAUAGAAUAUAUUUCAACAAAAAACUUCCUUACAAGUACUUGAUAUGUUUGAUUUAUUAAAAUGA